GGUUUACUUAUUGGUGAAAAGCCCUAAAUCUCAGUCCUUUGAACUUUGAAGCUCUAAGCCCUAAAUCUGCAUCAUCAUCAUCAUCAUCUUCAUCCAUCUUAUAAUGGAUGAUAAUGGCUGGAAGAAAAGGGCUAAAAGUACAUCAAUGGUGGGUGGUGAAGACAGAAUUUCGAAACUUACUGAUUCAGUGAUCUUACACAUUCUAUCGUUUCUCCCAACUGAUCAAGUGGUUAAAACAUGCAUUCUUUCGAAACGUUGGAAGCUCAUCUGGUAUGCAGUCCCCACACUCUUUUUCUCCAAUGAUAUUGCCAGUGAACUCGAAUGGAAACAGAGUCGACAAAAGUUUUAUAGUUAUGUGGAUAAGUAUUUGAAACACCGAAAGAAAGCUAUGUAUUAUAUUGUUGAUUCAGUCAUAACUAGUUUUGAUCUUGACAUGUAUGAUUUCUAUCAAAGAAGUAAAGCUGGUAUAUUAGAUAAAUGGUUAGCUUUUGCAAUUGAGAAUAAGGUCAAGGAAUUACAUCUUAGGAUAGGCCUAGAGAGAAAGAAUAAUAGGUUCUAUCCUGAGUACUACUGCUUACCCAAAGUUGUAGAGAAUGGAACAUAUUUGACUGUUUUGGAGUUGAAGUGUUUAGAAUUGGAUUCUUCUCAUUCAUUUAGUUUUCCAUUUUUAAAAGCUUUGUCAUUGGAAGAAAUUCAGCAAUCAGAUAAAGCAAAAGAUGAUGUUGUGUUUAAGUUUUUGUUGGGUUGUCGUUGUCUUGAGAAAUUGCGGUUACAUAAGUAUGAAUUCUUGCGCAGUGGUGAUAAGAUUCCGCUGCAAAGUUUAAGCCUUAAGUUCUUGGAACUGACAUAUACAACAAAUCUAGAUGGCUUGCAAGUUGAAGCCAUAAAUCUUGAAUCUUUGGUAAUAACAUGUCGAUUCCCGAGUAAUAUAGAUUUCUCUGCUUGCAAGAAAAUUAGAAAUCUCUCAUUUGAUGGUACUGUUUUGGUUUUCGAUGCUAUUAAGCCGCCAUCGUUAAAUGCUCUUAUUUCUUAUUAUCCUCUUCUUGAGAAUUUGACUUUGACAUUCAGACCUAAACAAUAUGAAAAACAUCUUAGAAUCUCGAGUCAACAGUUGAAAAGUUUCAGUUUUAAGAAUUGUCACUUUGAACCGUGCAAUAUUACAAUUGAAUCAGUUCCAAAGUUAUCAUACUUUUGUUAUGAAGGUUAUAUCGAUCUAACCAUAUCAAUAGAGUCAUCUAAUUCCUUGAGUGGAAAAAUUGUGAUUUGUAAGGAAGAUUAUGAUGCAGCCUGGUAUAUUGAUAUGUUGAAUUUUCUUUUGAAUCUCAAUUGCUCUUGGAAUACUAUUAGCCUACAUGUUGAAGAAUGCGAGGCUCUCAUUUGGCCCGAAAAGUUCACGAGGGUAUGUCGUUCUCCAUUGCUCAAUUGGAAGCAUCUCAAAGUUAUUACUAAAUGUAAUAAUCCUGAAAUAAUAUCAGAUUUGAAGGACUCGUUGAUUUGGAUUUCACCAUCCUUAGAAACAUUGUCUAUUAACAAAAUGCAGAUAUUUUAGUUGCUUUAAAAUAUUUAAGAAUGACUAUCUUUUAUUAGUUUUAGAUUAGAAAAUGGUACCGUAGUCCUUUAUGAGAUUAUGUUUAUUUUAUUAGUAGCUUUGGAUGAUGAACUUGACUAGUUUACUUUGCAAAAGAAUGAGAUAUUUCUUUCUUAUA